UGACGUUUCGAACUUGGAUAUUUGUAUUCAUAGAUUUUUUGUUUCGUUUAAUGUAAUUUAAUAACUAAUUCAUCAUUAAUUACAACAAAUGUAGUGAACAACUACUUUAUUUUUAUUACUGUGCAAACGACGGUGAUUUCUUUAAGAAAACACAAAAUUAUCAAGAUGACGGAGACGCGUCGCUUGCAGCUUCAUCUUGGGAAAUGUAUCGAAGAUUUAGACAAAUUACACAAUGUUCCGGAUUUAAAAUCCAAAAGAGCUCAUUUGUUAUGCAAAACUGCUCAGAAAUUGUUUGAGAAAGCUGAACAGGAACGCGAUAGAGGCGAUGAGGAAAACUCGUACGUUUACUACAUGAAAUACCUUCGCGUAGUGGCGUUCCUCAGCAAGGACAAGGAGUACAUGAAGGAUAAGACUUACUAUAACAACAUGCUGGGAACAAAAAAUCCCAAUAAGGCUAUUGAUGCUGCUGAAAUGUUGAAAAACAGCCUUAUUGAUAGAUAUGCUAAAGAACAGAAAGCAAAACGCUUGCAUGAUAUUAAAGAGAAUGAGCUUGUUAAGCAGAUAAUUGAUGAGAACAGAAAGAAGGCAAUUGAGGCCAUCCCGGUUCACGAGCAACCGCAACCUGUAGGACUUCCAGGACCAGAUGAAGUGACAAUAAAAAGUGAGCAGCUAUAUUCAAUCCUGAAGAGCGGGAAACUGAAAGUGAUGAUCCUUGAUGCUCGUCCGGGGAAGGACUAUUUGGAAUCUCACAUCAAUUACCCUGCCUGUAUUAGUAUUCCUGAAGAAUGUAUAUCACCAGGGCAAUCAGCAAAUGUUCUAGAACAGAAUCUGCCAUCAGCAUCCCGAGCGGUGUGGUCGGAGCGGGCUGCUAUGGAACUGAUUGUGAUGCUGGACUGGAGUAGCACAGCCGUCAUACCUGGGAAGACGCUGCAUCUGCUUAAGACUAUACUGCUGAAGUGGGACAUAAAAGUCCAAUACGCUCGUCAGCCGCUAGCAUUGCUGGGUGGCUAUGAGGACUGGCUGCUGAAGUACCCGGCCUUCACCACCAAUCACCUCGCUGUACCGCCCAGUCAGAACAGCAUGCUUGAUGAUAUGUUAGGUGAGAUAGAGUACCCGAGCUGGUCAGACGUGGUGCCGCCGUCCCCGCCGGCGCAGCAGGCCCCCGCCCCGCAGCGCGCCGCUAAGCCGGGGGAGCCCGUCGUUGAUCGUACUAGUAAAAUGGCAGCAGUGCAGCUGUACGAGGAGCGCGCGCGCAACAUGCAGCUCAUCCUGGAGGAGCAGCAGCGCAUCGCUGACACCUCCCUCACCCUCGAGAUGCAGAGGAUCGAGGCUGAACAGGACUGGGAGAAGGUGCGCGAGCAGCGCGAGGCGGCACAGCGCGAGGAUCUGCGCGCCAUGUACCAGCUGCGCCAGCAGGAGAUCUCCUCGCUCCUCAUGCAGCUUGAGAACAAGCAGUUUGACAUGGAGCAAGAGAACCAACGUCUCCGGGAGCAGCUGGAGGAGUACCAGCGGCGGGAGCGCGAGGAGGCUGAGCGGCUGGCGGAGAGCAUCGCGCGCGCAGCCGAGCAGUCCGCCAGCGACGCUGACGCACAGGCUGCGAUGGCGCGCCAGGAGGCGAGCUGCGCGGCGCUGCGGGAGCUGAGCGCCCGGCGCGCGCACAUCGCGGAGGUGCGCGCCGCCAGGCAACACCUCGACCGCCGCCGCGAGCUGCUCGAGACCGAGCGCAAGCGCAAGCUCACCGAGGCGCGCACGCGCAGGAAGCCCCAGGAUGACGAUGGCGACACGUUCAUGGAGCCCCCGGAGGACACGGUCGAAGUCCCCGGCAUCAACCGCUCUCAGUCCUCGCCCAACAUACCAAAGCAGGUGUCGGACGAGGAGGAGGAGGAGACGCCCGCGCCGGCGUUUGACCGCAGCACGAAGCCGCACAAGAUGGCGCCCUCUAGUGAAAUGCAGCAGAGAGACUUCCAGCCUGUCUGGGGAAAUGUGGGUCGCGGCUUGACGGGUCUAAAGAAUCUUGGUAACACUUGCUACAUGAACUCCAUCAUCCAGUGCCUCAACAACACCGCCAUACUCGUCACAUACUUCUGCAAUGGACAGUACCUCGAACAUGUCAACAGGUCGCACAGCACGCGCGGUGCCAUCGCGGAGGAGUUGGCGGCGGUGGUGCGCGCGCUCUGGUCCGGACAGUACCGCUUCAUCGCCACCAAGGACCUCAGGAACGAGGUGGGCAAGCACCAGCGCGCGUUCCGCGGCGGCGAGCAGCAAGACUCGCACGAGUUCCUCACCAUCCUCAUGGACUGGCUGCAUCUAGACCUGCAGUUCGCCAUCAAGCCGCCGCAGAAGAACGUGUGCGUGCAGGAGGGUCUGCCGGCGGCGGAGCGCGCGUGGCACGAGUACACGCGGUGCAAGGAGAGCCUGGUGCUGCGGCUGUUCUACGGGCAGAUCAGGUCGACGGUGCGGUGCGUGCGCUGCGCCGAGCGCUCCGCCACAUACGACUCCUUCUCCAACCUCUCCCUGGAGCUGCCGGCUGCCGCCGCGCGCUGCACGCUGCAGGACUGCUUAAAUCUGUACCUGAAGGACGAGACGAUACCGGGCUGGAACUGCCCCAAGUGCAAGGAGAAGCGGGACGCGGUGAAGAAACUGGACAUCUCCCGCCUGCCGCCGGUGCUGGUGAUCCACUUCAAGCGGUUCUACGUGGACCCCAAGGAGUACAUGAGCAACACGUACCGCAAGAAGCAGACGUACAUCGACUUCCCGCUGGAGGAGCUGGACAUGAGCCAGUUCUCGCUGCACUGCCCCGGCAACCCCAUGUACAACCUGUACGCCGUCUCCAACCACUACGGCUCCAUGGAGGGCGGACACUACACCGCCUACUGCAAGAGCAGCGUCUACGGAAAAUGGUACAAAUACGACGACCACGUGGUGACGGAGAUCCCCGCCAGCGAGGUGAAGUCCAGCGCCGCCUACAUACUGUUCUACACCUCCUGUGCGCGCUCCUGAUGCCCCGCCCCCGCACACGCCCCCCUCACUGACGCCCCGCCCACAACAUGCUAAUUCAUCACUAUACUAUCGCUCCUCUUCAAUACACGAUUCUAUUUUUCCUUUUUAAUUUAUUGAUGAAUGAAAUAUAUUUAUAAAAGUGUCAGAUUUCGACACAGAUUGUAUAUGAACGGUUUAUAUUGAGUAGGAAUUAUUGGAUAAAAUGAUUUACUAUUCGCUUUCGCAACGUAAUCUAUUUUUACCGCGACUUAAGCUUUUGUAUGGACAUUUGUAUGUAUUUGAAUUAGUUGAUACAUGCUUCAUGUAAAAGUAUAAAUUAAAUAUAAAUGUAAUUCGUUGUGAUUAUUCAUAUAAAAUGCUAAAACCUAACUUAGACGUAAGGUUAAACAUAAGGUUUGUUACAUUUUGUUAACGGUGCGUUUUCACUGCAGUAUCGCUGAGACAAACUUUGUUAUAUUAUAUUCAGUGUUUAGUGGAAACGCACACUAACAUUCAACUAUCGGUCCGAUUUAUUUUACUUUGAAUUGAAAAAGAAAUGUUUUAUUUGUACAUUUUUCUUAGAUGUUUUAAAGUUGACGAAAGAACUUCGCUGUAUAAAAUCUUAAUGGAAAAAAGGUAAUUUAUUUAUUUGACCACAAAAUAAUUCAUACUUUAUUUGAAUAUUAUAUUUAGUUAAUUUCUGCCGCGACUUUAUUAAUAAGUUUUUAUCUGAAAUUAAUUUCAAGAAACCAGUGUGCCCCCAAACCUGUACAAAAAGAGAACUUUCGUUUUUUUUUCAUAUGUAUUUGUUUUUUUUUUAUAUAUUUUGUUUUAAGGUUAUAUAUGUUGUAGAUUUUUGAAACGUUUAAAACUUCGAUGGCGGUUGUUUCAUGGAAAAAAGAUUUUAUUUCAAGUCAAGAAUGAAUCGCUAUACUUUACUAUACCUAAACAAACCUGAAUUUUUAUUUUAAAUUGUUUUAAACUGUAUAUACAAUAAAAGCUACGGAAAGAUAAAGCUGUACAAAUAAGCUUUGAAUGUAACAAGUAUUUAAUUUAAAUGACGUCAAUUUCCGCUGCCGGAACACGAGUACAAAAACAUUUCAUUCUUCUUGCAAAAACAAUGAAAACAAUAUUUUUUGUACAAUCACCUACAUAAAGUAUACAUUUACAAAACUUGUAUACACUUUCAUCAUAUGACCAAGAAGUCUCCAGAGGCUUUUUUCUGUGGAAAAAUCUGUGUUGCAAUAUAACAGUACAAAAUUACUUUUCUAAAUAUCUACUCUCUAUAAGAAUUAAUCCUCUUUCCCUUCUCAUAAAUCCCCUUUUUAUUAUGAGCAAAGGAUGGGAAGUAGAAUUGGAUUUUCCGGAUGAGGAGAUGCAUGGGACGGGAAAAUAUUCCCUGUCUGUCUAUCUCCUCCGUCCAUUAAAAGUAGGCAACGCAAAUUUAAUUGCGAUUGCAAUUUGCAACGGUCACUUCGCUAUUCAGCGAUUUCAAGUGGCCGCUCGCUCGUUUGCCACCUUAUGAUAUAAAAAAUGAUAAGAAUUUGAAACUUGUAUGAAACUUUCCAUUUUUAUUUUGUCUAUGGCUAUGGGAAUCAGUUUUAAAAAUAUGUCUGCAAAUAUCCGUCAGUAUGCUUUAGACCAUAAAUACAUAGUAUUAAGGGAUAUGUCAACCAACCCGCACUGGGCCUGCGUGGUUGAAUAUGCCCUAAUCACCCUUAACUUAGGGUAGGCUCCGAGCCCCUCGGUUGGGACGUAUAGUGAGCUGAUGAUGAAGGGAGAUGUAUUUAUGAGAUAUAGUAUAAAAUACAUUUAUGUAGGUGAGAGUACAUCGUACCGGCGGGUGUAUAUUGGUGGUAUAGAUAAUUUUGUGAAUGUGUAGUUUAGCGAGAUUGAACUUUUGAGAUGACGUAAGACUGAAUAAUGAGUGGUAUUACCAUCCUAAAAUAUACUGUUUAAACAACUUAAUUAGUUUAUUAUAAGAUUUUAACACUUCCAAUAAACAUAUGUAAAUUUAGUUAUUGAAUGGUCAGUGUCCGAGGAAGGCAACACAUGGUAACAUUGCCCACAUUUUUACUUAUACAAAAAUAUGUAUCAAUUCUAUGUGCAUCAAUUAGUUAUUUCACAAAGUGAUAUCAUUUUAGUCGGAUUUUAAAUAUUCUUUAUGGGUUGCUAGUGAAUAAAAAUAGUUUUCAGUAAAAACAUUAUUGUGGUUGGGUUGCCAUGUGUAAAGGUACGCAUUAUUUAUUUUGUAUGAGGAAGAGACAUUUAGUUGACUACUGUUGUAUGAAGCUUGUACAUAAUUAAUACUUUAAACGUAUAAUAUACUUACUUUAAAAGGUAAAUUUAUUAAA